AUGGGAGGUUGGGGGAUCCCUGCUUUGGGCCUCUUGGUGCUGCUGCUACAGAGCUCGGCAGAUGCCAAUGGAAUCCAGGGAUUCUUCUAUCCAUGGAGCUGUGAGGGCGAUGUCUGGGAUAGAGAGAGUUGUGGGGGACAAGCUGCCAUCGAGAACCCCAACCUGUGCCUGAGGUUACGGUGCUGCUACCGAGAUGGGGUCUGCUACCACCAGCGACCGGAUGAGAACUUGCGGCGAAAGCACAUGUGGGCGCUGGGCUGGAUGUGCGGUGGCCUCCUCCUCCUCACCUUAGGCAUCUGCGUAUUCUUGCAAGUGUCCCAAGGGGGGUGGUGGGCCAAGCGCCGAAACCUGCUGCACAUGCCAGGGUUCCUUCAGAGUAAAUACGACCUUUCCAAGACCGUGUCUCUGCUGUCCAAGGACCGGGCGCCAUCGUCGGCCGGGGAAAAGAAGUCAACAACCACCAUGCCCACGACCAUGGAAGCGACCACAGAUUUAGAAGGAACUGAGGGGGGCGAAGAAGGGGACGAGGAUUAG